UACAUAAUCACUGUAUUGCUUAAUGCUUUUCUAUUUAUUUUAAUGUUUAAACGGUUCGUCGUGCCUCUAUACUCCGCCGUGGCGAAUCUGAUCAGUGAAAUGGACUGAGUGCAAAAACAGAAGGAAGGGAAGCGGCUUUGAGUGAACAAAGGAGACGCUUGUGGUGCGGGGAAUCAAUGACCGGAAUAGCUUGAUAUCUUCCAUCCGUCAGCCAAGAUGUCAAAAAGGCCAUCUUAUGCCCCUCCCCCCACCCCAGCCCCCACUACACAAAUGCCCAACACCCCAGGGUUUGUGGGAUACAACCCUUACAGCCAUCUGGCCUACAACAACUACAGGCUCGGAGGAAACCCAGGCAGCAACAGCAGGAAUUCAUCAGGGAUCACAAUUCCAAAACCACCGAAGCCCCCAGACAAGCCUUUGAUGCCGUACAUGCGCUACAGCAGGAAGGUUUGGGACCAAGUAAAGGCCUCCAAUCCAGAUCUGAAGCUAUGGGAAAUUGGGAAGAUAAUCGGUGGCAUGUGGAGAGACCUCACUGAUGAGGAGAAACAGGACUACUUGAAUGAAUACGAAGCAGAGAAGAUCGAGUAUAAUGAGUCCAUGAAGGCCUACCACAACUCGCCGGCCUACCUGGCCUACGUCAACGCCAAGAGCCGCGCGGAGGCCGCGCUGGAGGAGGAGAGCCGGCAGCGCCAGUCUCGCCUCGACAAGGGCGAGCCGUACAUGAGCAUCCAGCCCGCCGAGGACCCCGACGAUUACGACGACGGCUUCUCCCUGAAGCACACGGCCGCCGCCCGUUUCCAGCGCAACCACCGGCUGAUCAGCGACAUCCUGAGCGAGAACGUGGUGCCGGACGUGCGCUCCGUGGUCACCACCGCCCGCAUGCAGGUGCUCAAGCGCCAGGUGCAGUCCCUCAUGGUCCACCAGAGGAAGCUGGAGGCGGAGCUCCUGCAGAUUGAGGAUCGCCACCAGGACAAGAAGAGGAAGUUCCUGGAGGCCACGGAAUGCUUCAACAACGAGCUGAAACGGCUCUGCGCGCUGAAGGUGGAGGUGGACAUGGAGAAGAUCGCGGCGGAGAUCGCGGCGGCGGAGGAGGCGGCCCGGCGGCGGGCCGAGGAGCGGGAGAGGGAGGUGGCGGAGCAGGCGGAGAGGGCCGCCGCCGCCCCCGAGGAGGAGCAGCCGCCCGCCGCCAGCGAGAAGCCGGCCGAGGAGCCCGCCGACGGCCGGCCCAAGAAGAAGAAGAGGAAGGACGGGGAGGAAGAGGAGGAGCCCGCUGCCAUGGAGAUGGAUGAGCCGCGGCCGGAGAGCCAGCGGGCGAGCGAGGAGGCAGCGGGCGGCGGCGAGGACAAGGAGAGCGUGCCGGAGGGCGGCGACAGCGUGAUGGAGGAGGGGACCAGCGACAGCAACACCAGCUCCGAGAGCACGGGAACACCUCCCGAUGACACCCUCCCGCCCGAGCCCGCCCCCGAGGAGGGGCCCAGCAACAAGCCCGAAAGACCCCCCCCCCCCCCUCCCGCCUGA